AAUCAGAAGAUGUAAAGCCCCGUUCCAUCUGUUACGAAUUUUCUCCGACAACGCAGUCACAUUCUCCCUACCUCAUCAAUUGUUGGUUAUCAAAUUGCAAAGAUAUUAUUAUCGUCAUCAAGAAGCUUAUUAUUAUCCUCAUCAUCCACAAACCUUCUCUUCCAAUCUUCUCCUCAAAUAUCAGAUUUUAGGGAUCAGGAAGGAUCAGGAAGUGAACUAAUUGAGCAAGGUCUUCUGUGAUUUCUAUUGAUUUUCCCCUAAAAAUUUCCCUUUUUUAUUGAUUCUAGGGCUUGAGAAAGGAGGAUUUGUUAGAGGAUUAUCCAGCGUUGUGGCUCCUGAGAUUUAUAGCCCUAGCGUUGUGCUGGAUUUGGAUGAUGAGAUUAAGAGGAUCCGACGAGAGUUCGAGGAUGCGAAGAAGAGCUUUCUUAAUAUUCCACUGGCGCUCAAGGAGAUGCCCAGGAUGAAUCCUGAAGCUUAAGUAUCCAGAGAGCUGCUUGCAAUUUGCAUAUGACCCAACUUUUCCGAUCAGAGGCCUCGUCUAUGACAAGCUGAAAGGGUGCCUUUUGAAGCUUGGUUUCUUCGGGUCUAUAGAACUCGAUGGAUGCUACAUCGGGCGUCACAAGGAUUAAGGAUUUGGAGGUUGCUGACUCUCCCAUCUAUCAAGGGCUCAUUCAAAAGACGAUAUCAAGGCAAAUGGUCCUUCAUCAAGGCUAUUCAGAAAUGCAGCAAAAACCAAAAUUGUUGACAUUAUGCAAGCAUCACAAAAAUCAUCAGAGGUAUGUAGUUAAAAUCAUAGUUGAAGAUGAGACAAAUAGUGCAAGAGUGGCACUUUUUAACGCAGCAGAAACUCUGAUAGGAUGCAAGGCUCAGAAAUUCAUUGCUGAUAUAAAAGAGAGAAAUAAUCAGAGUUCGUUCUUCCAAAAGUUUGUGCUAAACAUCGGAAAGAUAUACAGGUUCCUUGUGAAGUUAGAUGAAAACUCAAAGGAUGAACGUGCACAAGGAAAGAUAAUAGCACAAGAAAUCCAAAUCCAGGAGGACGUCACAAUCAACAUUGACGGCGAUGAUGCGAUUCUUAAAUUACCAAAAAAGAAGAUAAAGGUGCCAGAAAAAGUAGUGGGCUACGUACUAGAGAGGAGCAUGUUCAUAUCAAGUAGCAAGACGGUUGAUUCUUUUAGCAUAUUCUUAUUUGAGCCCGAAAGUAGACGUCUACCUCUUGCGUACCUUAUUGGAUUCGGAUCCGGGUACGGAUAGAGUCUAUAAAAUUGUA